CAUUGCUACUGUUUUUUCAUGUGACUAAAUAAUUAUAUGGUUGAGGUUCUGAGUGCUAACAGUUUGCUUCGAAAUAGCUCUCUUGUUAUCACUGAAAAGUUCCUAUUAUCAAAUCUUCAAGGUUUUGUGUUAUAGUAGUUGUCAGCUUCGGGAAUGACGUUGCCGUGAAUGUCGCUGGUUUUGCUAAGUUUGGAUGACGCGUAACUAAAUGUCACUUACAUACAGGAGGAACAUCCGACUGAUGCUUGGGAACAACAUAUUUCAUUUCUUGUGUCUGCCUGAGAGUGAAUAGCCAGCAUGAAAACCAGAUCUAGUAGCAGAGGCAGAGGGGAAAGCUGUUCACUCAAGAGGACGAAUGAAUCAAGAGGAAGUGCAUCAGACAUCAGUCAAAGUGCACAGCAUGGUAAUACAAAUUCUAACAGAAGUUUUAUAGGAGUGACCAAAAACAGCAGGAAAAGAAGGCAUUCUGAUGUUACAUGUAGCAGUAAGAAGGCAGCGACUAACUACCAGGAAGAAUCCAAACAUGUCAGUAAGGAUGACCAGCUUACAAAUGUUCUAAAUAAAACAGUGUCAGUGGUGCUAGAGCCACUUGAUAUGGAGAAGCGUAGGAAGAAUGAAUCAAGAGGAUGUGCAUCAGACAUCAGUCAAAGUGCACAGCAUGAUAAUACAAAUUCUAACAAAAGUUUUAUAGGAUUGACCAAAAACAGCAGGAAAAGAAGGCAUUCUGAUGUUACAUGUAGCAGUAAGAAGGCAGCGACUAACUACCAGGAAGAAUCCAAACAUGUCAGUAAGGAUGACCAGCUUGCAAAUGUUCUAAAUAAAACAGUGUCAGUGGUGCUAGAGCCAUUUGAUAUGGAGAAGCAUAUGCAGGCUAAGGUUGCAAAUCGCAAUAAAAAAAAAUGCAUCGGUAAUGACUCUGUCAGAGAUGUCAAAGUAACUGCUAAGAGUUCAGAUGGUUGCAACACAGAAAAUCAAGAGGACUCGAAAACAGGAAGCAGACAAAGGUGUUUGCAGAAAUCCACUCAUCAUGAUGGCAAAGAACUACAUAACAGUGAUCAGAAGAAUGUAGCAUCCCUCAGCUUGAGUGAUGAUGAUGGCCAGGGGUUGUUGGAGAGUUCAACCCAUCAGAGCAGAAGACAGUUGUGGGAUGCUUCCCACAAAAUGAGUUCAGAAUUUCGUCGAGAACGCCGUAAAAUAUAUAAGAAGCCAGUCUGUAUAUGUUGUGUAGGAAAAGAUAACAACAGUGGAAGUGAAAUAAGAGUUGCAAGUGAUGGCUUGAAGGCAAAACAUAACAAACAUAUGGAGAAGAGCAUCAGAAAUAGUGAUGUAAAUAGAACAGCCAGUAGUACCCAAAAAAGAAAAACUGUUGUGGAUGCUUCUCACAGCAAAGUAAAAGAUACUGAUUAUCAGUAUGGAGGCAGACCACUAACUACAGAGCACAGCAGUACAAGCUCUGAAACUGUCACAACUCUCAAGAUGAUGACUGAAGUAUUUAAAGAUGGCCAGUCAUCCAGAAACAGAGAGAUUAUUAACAGCCACAGUAGUAGGAGGUCAGUCACACCAACUUCAUGUUCUGUAGCCACAACACCUUUGCAGAUGAGAGACAGUGCAGCUUCACAACCUGGUCAUGCACUUACACAUUUAGAAAUGGACCCAUACUUGCGUCGACGGUCAGCAUCAGCGCCUCCUCAGUUACAGUUGGGUGACACUUUUCGAAAAACUGUUGAUGUGUUUGCGCGUUUACUUCAGGAUGUGGCAGCACAUCUGCAGAAAUGUGGUGAUACAUUAAGUGACCAUAAUUUUGAGCAUAUGGUAGCUGGUGUUUCUCACUUGGUGUCCAGCUGCACAUGCCAUUCACCCAUUGGGUGUUUGGUAUCCAGCAUUCAUUGUAUGAAUGCAUUAAAAAGAAGACUGGCUGCAGAAUUAAAUGUGAGUUCACUAUCGAAUGGUGAUGCAGUACAGCCAGAGGCAGCAGGCACAGAAUCAAAUGGGAAUUUAAUGGGAAGAUUCCAUCUAGAAGCAAGCAUCAAAGAGAAGACCAAUACAGAAGCCAGUGUAGAAGGAGGUAGUAUAUCUGAGUCUGCACCUCAGUGUGAUGCCACAACAUUAACAAUGAAAUCCAGAAACAUGUUGGCUGCUGAGACCUGCAUAAGCACAUCACACACCACUUCUCUUACUGAAGAGACAAAUGACACACCAUCACCAGUAGGUAGCACUGAUAAUGCACAUAUUGAAGCAAGUAUCGGAGAAACAGCCCGACUGGAAGCAAACACAAAAGAGAGUACCAGCACAACAACAUGUAUAACAGAAGACAGUGUCUCAAAGUCAGCAUCAGAAUAUGGUGCAAUGUCGUCAUCAGUUGAGCCCAUAAUCGUGGUGUCAGCUGCUGGGACAUUUACUAGUACUAGUUCUUCACCCACUGGAGGCACAAAAGAAAUCCUGGACCUACAUGAAGUGGAUACUGUAGUUUCUGAUCAGAAUAAUGUAAAUGACAGAGUGGAUGAUAGAACAGGGUGUGCCAGCUCCAAGAGUAAUGUAAUGUGUGGGAGUGCAGAACGAGAACAAGAUGGUGAACGGAAUACUUUUGACUCCGUCUGUCUCUCUAUGGAAGAGAUUGAAAUAAAGGAAGAAGUUGAAACCUCAGAAAGUGACAGUGAAUCAGAGUUGUCUGAAAAACAGUACUCACAAAAUGGGACAGAAUCUGAUGCAGGUAGUUGUGGUCCUGAAGGGGAAGAGACAGACAGAGAUGAAAAUAUGGUUGAGGUUGAGUGUAACAUUGUCGAGGCCUUAGAUCUAAGUAACCACACCAGAAAUGAAUCACAUAUGGAAGAUCAGAGAAUGGAGGCACAGCAUGAAUAUGGCAAUAACAGCACAGAAAAUGAUGUUGCUCAGGAUGCUUCUAGUAAUGGAGUGAAUACUGCUCCUGCUGUCAACAGGGGAAGUGAUACUGAUGCAGUCAACAAUACUGGAUACAGUGGAGGUAGGGAUGGUGAGGGUGAUGUAUAUUAUGGUGGCAAUGGAAAUGAAGAUGUUGAGGACACAAUUGAUGAACGGUAUGGUGGCCACAUUAAUGAAGACAAUGUUGGGGACGCUACUGCUGAAAAAGUUGUUGCCCAAGGUAAUGAUGAUUGUGUUGAGGGCACCAGCACUGAAGUCAUCGGUGGCCCCAGUACUGAAGGCAGUGGUCAGGACACCAGUGCUAGUAAGCAGGUGUCAGCUGCUGGGACAUUUACUAGUACUAGUUCUUCACCCGCUCGAGGCACAAAAGAAAUCCUGGACCUACAUGAAGUGGAUACUGUAGUUUCUGAUCAGAAUAAUGUAAAUGACAGAGUGGAUGAUAGAACAGGGUUUGCCAGCUCCAAGAGUAAUGUAAUGUGUGGGAGUGCAGAACGAGAACAAGAUGGUGAACGGAAUACUUUUGACUCCGUCUGUCUCCCUAUGGAAGAGAUUGAAAUAAAGGAAGAAGUUGAAACCUCAGAAAGUGACAGCGAAUCAGAGUUGUUUGAAAAACAGUACUCACAAAAUGGGACAGAAUCUGAUGCUGCUGCAUUUGGUCCUGAAGGGGAUGAGACAGAUAGAGAUGAAAAUAUGGUUGAGGCUGAGUGUAACAUUGAUGAGGUCUCAGAUAUAAAUAACCACACAGGAAGUGCAUCACAUAAGGAAGAUCUGGGAUUAGAGACACAGUAUGAACAUUACGACGACAGCACUGGGAAUGUCAUUGCUGAGGAUGCUGCUAGUAAUGCAGCCAGUAUUGGUCCUGUUGUUGACUGUAGAGAUGACACUCAUGGAAUCAACAAUACUGCAUGCAAUGGAAAUCAGGACAUUGAUGGUGACAUGGGUUAUGGUGGCAACAGAAAUGAAGAUGGUGUUGGAGACACCCCUGCUGAAUCUACUCAAGAUGGUGUUGGGGAUAAUGGUGCCACCAAGGAGGGUGACAACAGAAAUGAAGAAAACGUUGGACAUGCCAACAAGAAUACUGGUGCUCAGAGUAAUGGUUAUGCAUGGCUCUUUGAAGGACAGCAUUCUGGUCCAGGCUUUGCAGGGCCUGACUACCGCCUAUAUCGGGACCCAAACAUCAUCUAUGUCCAAGCAUUAAUAUGCACUGUACGGCAAUUAAGAUAUGGUAACCAUCAGGAGAUGAAUAUAGUUUAUGAAGUAAGAACAUACCAGAAUGGAGCCUGGCAAGUGCAGCGUAUACGACCAUUUUAAAUGUACCUACUUUUUAUGAACAUUCUCUCGAUGCAGAAAAAGAUGUUUGCAGAAAUCCUCUCAUCAUAACUACGUCAUAGUGUUCAGAAAAAAGUAGCAUCCCUCAGCUUGAGUCAUGAUGGUGACCAGGGGUUGCUGAAGAGUUCGACACAUCAGAGCAGAAGACAGUUGUGGGAUGCUUUCCACAAAAUGAGUUCAGAAAUUUGAGGAGAGUGCUGUGAAGUAUAUAAGAAGCCAGUUUGUAUAUGUUGUGCAGAAAACGAUAACAACAUUGUAAAUGACAUAAAGAAUUCUGUGACAGUUUCGAGUGAACAGUCUGUGAAUAACCUAAUACAUUCCCCUCUCUGACCUCUAACCCAUGUCAUGCUUGGAUUUUUAUUUGUAGUCACAUAAUAAUUAUCUAGCUGUGAAAAGGAGUAGUGGAUCAUGAUGUGCAAAACCUACAUCUGCUAUGCCAACAGUGUCAGAAAAUACUGUAUUGUUUCUAAUGCAAUUUAAAAAAUUUCUAUAAAUUAAAACAUUAUGACAACAAAUAAUGCAUUGUAGUGAAUUUGAAGAUGUAUGUAUUUUACUGAUACAUGAACAUAGGUACUAACAUUGAUUCUGAAUAUUUGCAUGCCUUAUUUGAAUAUAUCAGUACUUGAUACCUA